AUGUCUGAAAGUGAGACUGUCCUUUCGGAGCUGCACUCUACGAUCAAUCCAGAAUGGAUGCAUGUACAAUUGAAUGACUACGAUUUUUACCUUGCGAGGCCGAGCAGUUUGGAUCCACAUCAUGGGAGCAGUUUGCCCAUGAAUCAGUUUCUUAGGGUGCCUGUAAUACGAGUUUACGGUUUCUUACCUACAGGUCACCAAGCUCUCUGCCAUAUCCAUGGCGUCUUUCCCUACAUAUUCAUACGUUAUGAUGGACAGGAGGAUGACAGUGCUGCAACUAUCAAUCAGAGGUGUGCCCAGCUGCACAAUAUGCUGGAGAUCAAGUCUCAGCUUUCGAUGGUCAAAAAGAAGAAUAUUAAGCAGGUAAAGCAGAAUAUUAGCGAUCUGAAGUACAUUGCGAACGUUUCUGUCGUCAAGGGUAUCCCCUUCUAUGGCUUCCAUGUUGGCUAUACGCUCUUCUACAAGAUAUCGCUAUUGGAUGCAGGCUUCACGAAUAAAUUAUCCGAUUUGAUCAGAGACGGUAAGAUGUUUGGCAGGAAGACUGAAACUUUUGAAUCUCAUCUGCCGUAUUUGCUGCAGUUUUCGGCUGAUUACAACUUAUUUGGCUGCUCCUGGAUGGAUUUCGAUCAUUGCUACUUUAGAAAGCCUGUCUUGAAUACUGCUCUGGACUUGGAUAAAAUAUUGCAUGAUGAAAAAUUAGAAAAUAUACUAGAACAGUUCUGCGAUGAAAACUCAAAUGUUUUGCCUGAUCGAGAGUUUCCAAGGAUUGGAAAUGGUCUGCUUGAGAUCGAUAUAUUGCCUCAGUUUAUCCGCAACGUUGAUGAAGUACACUUUCGAGAUUUGCAUCACGAUUUUUGUGAAAUAAGAGGUAAUGCAUCCAGUCUACUGAACAAGCCGUAUGUGUCUUCCACGAGGAAGAUAAUUUCUGAUAUAACAUUACAGAGGCGACUAUCUUCAUUGGAGCCCUACGUUCCUGUGGCAAGUAUCCAAAGAUCAGCUGGUCAGGAAAUCAAGUGGCAAUCCUCAAAAGCUUUCGAAGAGGAUUUUGAAAAGGCUAAAGCGAGGAUAGACUCUGCUUUCGCCGAUGUUAAGCUUGAUUUUGAUACCUUUGUCAAAUAUUCAAAGCGAUCAACGACUACAAAUGGUAUAAAACUGGUACGAGACUCCCUUUCCGAACUUUGGCCCAUUUGUCCUGAUAUCAGUGGCCGUGCGCAAUUGCGAAAUGACUUACCACAAGUAAUUGAUACAUUGGACGGUUCUUUCAACGCCGCUGAUGUCAGCGACGAAGAACCUGAUAAGCUUCCUAUCUCUCAAGAUGUCCCUCCUGCAGAACAUGCUGAAAAUCCAGAAUUAACAAUAAACAGCAAAGGUGACAAUUGCGAUUCUUCUGGACGCCCGACAGGGCUUAGAGAUGUCAUACUAACACAAAAUAUGGCCGAAAGACGUGUCAAAAGGAAGGGCACUUCUCAAAACUUUGCAGGCUCAAGUGCUGUCAAGAGACUUAAGGUUAAAAGAGCUGGUAUUAAAUAUGAAAGUGGUUCCUUUUGUUAUAAGAGAUGUAGGAUAGAGUUCGGUACCAUUUUGAGUGAUUUGGAAAUGAAGGGAUUUCCUAAGAUUGAUUAUGCAGAUCCAUUUUUUGAGAAUCCGCUGGAUCUGCGGCUGAAGCCGUACAUUUAUGCAGGGAAAAGGUUCGAGAUAACUUCACCUCAUUUAAGCUGCCGACUUCCGGUACCCUUUCAAGAACAGUACAUGUCAGAGGACUCGAUUAGGAAGGAAAAGGUUUUCAGCUCGUGGAAAUACAUCAAAAAGCCACCAACCUAUAGUAAAAUCGCUAAAGAGGCCUACGAUAGUAAGAAGAAACGCUUUAGAUCACAGUUGGAGAAUCCAACUUCUAAAGCUGAUAAUAGGUUCCUGAUGAACAUAAAUCGAGGGAAAAAGGCGGCUCAUUCAGUUUUGCACACUUCCUUAACACAUUUCAGCCUGGAGAUUCAUGUUCAAACGGAGGGAAAGAAUUUACCGGAUCCUGAAAAGGACAAAGUGUCGAUCAUCUUCUGGUGCUUGGAGAAAGAAUCUUACCCAUUCGAUCUAAAGGUUUCGCCCAUAGGAAUAAUGGUGCUUAAAGACCCUGACGUCGAUGAUCAUUAUGAAAAAAGAAUACAACAAGCUGCAGGUGAUAUACCUGUCGCUUUCUAUGAGGAUGAAUUCGAUUUACUAGAUGCUUUGAUCGACAUCGUGUUGAUAAUUGACCCUGAUAUUUUAUCAGGCUUUGAGCUUCAUGCUACGUCCUGGGGCUACAUAAUUGAGCGCUGUAGAGCAGCACAUCAGUUUGACUUUGCAGAUGAAAUUUCUAGAGUCAACACGGAUGCAAAGACAAAGGUAAAAGAUCGUUGGGGUUAUUCGCAUGCGUCCGCAAUUGUCAUAUCUGGAAGGCAUAUGAUAAACAUAUGGAGAGCGAUAAAGGACGAUUUGGCGCUGGCAAAGUAUACCAUUGAGAAUGUUAGUUACGUUGUUUUCCAGGAGCGACUGCCGCAUUUCUCGUCUGAGUCUCUUUCUUCCAUGUGGCGAGACAAUGGAAGGAUAUCAAGCGUGAAGACGGUUUUAAGUUACUGGAUAGAUCGACUUCAGCUAAAUAUUCGUCUUCUUCAGAAGCAAGAAUACGUACCGAGAAUAACCGAGCUGUCGAGGCUGACUGGUAUUGACUUUUAUUCCGUUUACUACAGAGGCUCUCAAUACAAAAUAGAAUCUAUUCUUUCUAGAUUAUGCAAGGCGGAGAGUUUCAUCAUGGUGGCCCCGAGUCAGGAUCGUGUUAAGCAGCAGAAUGCUUUGGAAUGUGUGCCCCUGGUAAUGGAGCCGGAAUCUGCGUUUUACAAAAGCCCUCUAGUCGUUUUGGAUUUCCAAUCAUUAUAUCCUUCAAUUAUGAUGGCCUAUAAUUACUGCUAUUCCACUAUUCUGGGUAGGGUCCGCGAAUUGGAUCCGGAAAGAAACGUUAUCGGAGCUACUGAAAUUUCGCUCCCGAAGGGUUUACUCUCAUUGUUAACAGAUCAUAUCACCAUAGCUCCUAAUGGUAUCGCCUACGUCAAAUCUAGCAUUCGUAAGUCUACCCUUGCCAAAAUGCUAGAGGACAUACUUGAUACCAGAUUCAUCGUAAAAAAGACAAUGACAGACAUUGGUGGAAGUAACCCUAUGCUGAGUCGAUUGCUCAACAGCAGGCAGCUAGCUCUGAAGCUUAUAGCCAACGUUACCUAUGGUUACACCUCAGCUUCUUUCUCUGGUCGAAUGCCCUGUUCGGAUUUAGCGGACAGCAUUGUGCAAACCGGGAGAGAGACCCUCGAGAAGGCGAUUACUUUGAUUGAAGAUAACGUUGAUUGGGGUGCCAAGGUAGUUUAUGGUGACACUGAUAGUUUAUUUGUUUAUUUGCCAGGAAAAUCCAGGGAAGAAGCGUUCACGAUAGGCAGGGCCAUAGCUGAGAAAGUAACAAAAUCUAACCCUUCUCCUAUUGUUCUGAAGUUUGAAAAAGUCUAUCACCCCAGUUUACUCCUCAGCAAGAAAAGAUAUGUUGGUUAUAUGUAUGAGAGGAAUGCUAGGCAAAGUCCGGUCUUUGACGCUAAAGGUAUUGAGACUGUCAGAAGAGAUGGUCAUCCUGCUCAACAAAAGAUAGUCGAGAAAGCAAUUCGAAUUCUUUUCGAUUCGAAGGACCUAUCGAAAGUGAAGCAAUUUAUUCAAGGAGAAUUCGCCAAAAUUCAGCUAGGUACCGCAUCCGUUCAAGACUUUUGUUUCUCUAAAGUUGUCAGGUUGGGUGCUUACAAAAACGAACAGACAGCGCCACCUGGUGCCAUUGUUGCGACACGUAUGAUGCAAAGUGAUCAUCGAGCCAGACCACAGUACAAAGAGAGAGUGCCCUACGUGGUGAUCAAGGGAUCUGCCGGUCAAUUACUCCGAGAUAGAUGCGUCUCUCCUGAAGAGUUCGUGGCAAAUGGAAGUUCCGAACUCGAUUCCGACUAUUACAUAAACAAAACGCUGGUCCCGCCUUUAGAGAGGUUGUUCAAUAUAUUAGGUAUAGACGUUUCACAAUGGGCUUUUGAGUUACCAAGACAGAAAAACGUAGCCGUCAGCAUGGAGACAAAGAAAAUUGACACAGACCUGGCUUCCAUGCAUUGCGUGAACUGUCAUAAGGAGAUUGGAAAAAGGGACAGCCUUCUUUGCGAUGCGUGCCUCGAGCAUCGUGAUGAAACUGCCGCACAACUGACGCUGCGGACAGAGUCUAACGAUGCCAGGCUGAAGGCAGUAGCAACCGUAUGCCGCACAUGCUGUUUCCGCUACAAUCACGAUGCCAGUGAAGCUAGCGAUUUGGUCGCAGCCCGCUGUGAUUCGUACGAUUGUCCAGUAUAUUUCGAGCGCCUCAAGGCCACGGGCUACGUUACUUCCAGAAAGCACAAUCGAUCACUGAAGGCCUUGAAGGCUAUCAACCAUUGGUAG